CCGAUAAAAAAAAUCUGUAACCAAGAGAGAGACAGUGAAGAGCUCGGGAAAGUGUGAGCAUGACAGUGGGAAAUACAUUUUCCACCACAAUAUUCCCUCCGCGAAAAUUCCCCAGUCCUGCGUCCUCCGGGUGACGAAUUCGAUUCAAUAAAAAGUGUUUCAUUGUAUUUAAGGACUGAAAAUGUCGAGUGAGAGUGGAGUCCUGUCAUCCACGAGGCAAUUCAAGUGAACAGGACAGGGAUUUUUAUUUGUUUAAUAUUUUUUAACGUAUUUGGGGAUAAGUGGCUUCAGGGGCUUUCGCCCUCCAUCAGGACUUGCGUCGUUACCCUGGAAUUUCGCCUAGAGUCUUCCCACAUAAGACUGUCCCACAGGGAUUGGAGAUAUGGGUGCUAAUGUGACGACAGCUGAGGCUGUCUCUUCUACUCCUAGGGGAAUUACUGAAGGAAUAACUCAGAGCAGUGUCAUGGGGAUUACUAGCACAAUAGCCAGUGGAAUCAUUGAUAAUGAGAAUAAUGAGCCAAUUUUUUUACAAACACGAGCUGCACAGGGUAUUUCAGGUGCUUUUGUGUGGCUAGCUCUGUUUAUCACUUGCCAACAGAUCUACCAGCACCUCAGGUGGUACACAAAUCCCACUGAACAGCGAUGGAUAGUCCGUAUAUUAUUCAUCGUGCCAAUCUACGCCACCUAUUCAUGGAUAUCACUGCUCUUUUUCAACCGUGAGGGUUAUUACGUUUAUUUCUUCACGGUACGUGAUUGCUACGAGGCAUUUGUUAUCUACAACUUCUUGUCCCUCUGCUACGAGUACCUGGGAGGCGAAGGUAAUAUCAUGUCUGAGAUACGUGGCAAACCAAUACGCUCCAAUUGUCUGUACGGUACGUGGUGUCUUGUCGAGAAGACCUACACCAUCGGCUUUCUGAGAUUCUGCAAGCAGGCGACCCUCCAGUUCUGCCUUGUCAAACCGGUUAUGGCAUUCGUCAUAAUAAUUCUGCAAUCGUUUGGUCAUUAUCGUGAUGGUGACUGGUCACCUGAUGGUGGAUAUAUUUAUGCCACUAUCAUCUAUAAUAUCAGCGUUUCACUUGCACUUUACGGACUCUUUUUAUUCUACUUUGCAACGAGGGAUUUACUCACUCCUUUCGAGCCUGUCCUCAAGUUCUGCACUGUCAAGAGUGUCAUCUUCCUGUCAUUUUGGCAAGGAGUUCUUCUUGCGGUUUUUGAAAAGGCUAAUGUAAUAUCACCGGUGAUUGACAGCAUGGGACAUGCCACCAACACUGGAACAGUAUCAGCUGGCUAUCAGAAUUUCCUUAUUUGUAUUGAGAUGCUUUUUGCAGCGAUUGCACUGCGUUAUGCAUUUCCUUAUCAGGUGUACGCAGCCGGCUGCGUGACAGACUCGAGAGGUCGAAGUGUCACGAUGCAGAGUAUCAGCAGUAGCUUGAAGGAAACGAUGAACCCCAAGGACAUUAUGACCGAUGCCAUCCACAAUUUCCAUCCUCAGUAUCAGCAAUACACACAGUACAGCUCUGGUGGUACUAAGAAUCAACGGGGAAUGCGAGUAUCAAGCUACGACCCCGAUGAUCCGCAAAAUAUGCCAGUUCCACCGCCUCAAAGACGAAAUACCUCGCACCAGCGUGUCGCAACAAUCUCCCAAAAUUACAAUGAAAAAACCAUGUUGCUGAGCAGCGACGAUGAAUUUCAAUAGAAGCACCCGGAUAACACCACUGGAGCCCAAAAUUUCCAUGACAAUGCAAAGAAUUUAAUUCAAUCCAAAUAAAAAAAAAGAAUGGUAAGGCAUUUCAAUGGAGAAUUAAGUCUUUUAUUUGCUGCAUUUAGUUUCUCCAUAAAUAAUAGGCCAUUUGAAUCUCGUUCGCGAGAAAAAUGAAUAGUUGAAUUGAAAAAUGUUGAAGUUCGUGUGGAUUACGUAUUAUAUUCAUUGAUUAAAUCAUUUUUUAAAGAAUGUUAUUGCGUUACGAGUUGUGAGUAGUUCUGAAAAUAAUUUAUAUGAUUUAUCGAUUAAUUGUUGCUCCUCAGAGCUGACUACAUAAAAUCGAAUAUAAAUGUUAUAUUCCACUCGACUGAGUAAUAUUCUAUUAAUUUCGCAUUUUCAAUUAAUAAAAGUAGUUUUUUUUCUCGAAAAUAUAAAUUCAUUAUUUCAAUUAAUUAUUCAGGAGUCUUCAUGCAGCUCUGACGUGCAUCAAACAAUUGUCAGAGGGAAAGAAAACUAAUCACGUAUAAUACAUUAAUUUAUUAUCUCUCAUAAACAAUUAUUUGAUUCUUUGUAAUACUUGUACAAACAUACCAAAGUACUUACACACUACUAAAAAUAAGUAUUUCUAUAAUUUUUCCAUGGUACAAUCGACUCUUUAUUUACGUCAAUCACUUCAAAAAAUAUAAAGUUCUGUUUUAUUUUAUUUGCUCAACAGCGAAAAUACUAAGAUAAAAAUAAGAAAAAAAAUCCUACAAAAGGAAUUAGCGAAAUCAAUGUUGACGCGUGUAAAUCUGUCAUUGAAACACUCUGGAACAUUAAACAUUGACACGAUUGACGCUAAUAAAGCCCACAAGACGAACCCAAAUCAGCUGAGGGAAAUCGCAAGAAUGAUAAUAAAAAAUAAAUCAUGAAAGAGGAUAAAUCAUACGUUAAAUAAUUUAGCUUCUGAGCCAACAGACUAUCUUCGCGUCCUAAUAAAAAAAACUAAUAUAUGUAUAUAUCGUUAA